CGCAAGUCGGCGCCACGCACGAGCCUCGUCCGCGGACCCGUGGAGACAUGCAGCUCAUGAGAUGGAGCAUCACGCGUCGCCUCGAGUGCCGGGGGAUCAAACAGGGCACCUGCAGGUCCUCCAGACUCUCGUGCCCCCGAUUUUCCGGAGAGGAAAAUGACUUUACGUCGGAUGGGGAAGAGAGCGGUGGUGGAGGAGCCGGUGGAGACGAAGCCGUGGACCUCACAGCGUCCAGGUCUCAUCAUGGCGACGAAGACGACAAGGAUCAGGAAGACGCUUUGGAGGAGGACGAAGAGGAAGGCGUGGACGAGCAGGACGAUCAAGAAGACGACGAGGAAGGAUCGCGCAAGCAAAUGCAUCACAGACAGGAUGCGGAAAAUAACAACAACUUUGUGGAAGGUGGCACGCCUGCCAGUCUAUUCCCGCCAGCUGGAACUAGUCACGUCACUCUGGAAGCCCUUCAGAACACGAAAGUGGCAGUCGCUCAGUUCGCAGCGACAGCCUUGGCCGGUGGCGCGGACAGCGAGGCGGCUCUGCAGGACUUGGCAAUGUUGCAGAGUACUCUGUACACGCUGCAACAUCAACAAGUGUUCCAGCUUCAGUUGAUCAGUCAACUUCAACAACAACUGUCGAUCACGCACAGCCAAACGGUACAACAGCAAGGCCCCGGCGAGCCGUCGGAUAACAAGGAAAUAUCACCGUCUCCGAUCAUCCAGCCUAAACCUCUGUUGAGCUUAACGUCGCCUCCGUCGUCGCGUCCACCGAGUCACCAGCAAACCUCGCCAGCUCCUAUCACGCCUAACCUGGCUCAAGAACGACCGACGCCGAGCAGCAGCGCGUCUCCGUUGAAUCUUCCGUUAGCUUCGUCGAACACGACCGGGACGACCGCGACGACGAGCAGCAGCGGUAGUCAGGUGCCGAUGUCUCAUCAAAUACCACCUCUCUGCUCGAUCAGUUCUUCCCUAGCUUCGUCGAUAAUAACCAACCCCGAUCCGCCACCGUUGCACGAGCCGAACACUCUGGAGAUGCUGCAGAAGAGAGCCCAGGAGGUGUUGGACAACGCUAGCCAGGGUCUGCUGGCGAACAACCUGGCCGACGAGCUGGCGUUCAGAGGCGGAAAAGGCUCCCGCCUCUCACCGUACGAUUCAAAGUCCGGUAGCGGUCGCGGAGAGCCUUUCUUCAAGCAUCGAUGCCGCUAUUGCGGCAAGGUGUUUGGCAGCGACUCGGCGCUUCAGAUCCACAUACGAUCGCACACAGGUGAGCGACCCUUUAAAUGCAACGUCUGCGGCAGCCGCUUCACCACGAAAGGGAACCUCAAGGUCCACUUCCAGAGGCAUACGGCCAAGUUUCCACAUGUUAAGAUGAACCCGAAUCCCGUUCCGGAACACCUGGACAAGUACCAUCCACCCUUGCUACAGCAAAUCGCCUCUGGUCAGAGACCGAUGCCGUCCCCGCCGCCGCCACCGCCUUCUCACCAUUCCUCUUAUCACCCGGUGGCGGCGCACGGUUUUUUACCUCCUCAACCGCCCCUGCCACUCGGUUUAGCCCUUCCCGGUAUGCAACCCCUGUACAGAUCGCCGGUUGUCGCUCAUCGAGACGAUCAGGACGUGCCGGAGAACCUGAGUAAACCCGUUACCACUGCCCCGACCACGUCCCCACAUUCCCCCGCGAUUGUGUCCACCAACUCUCGUCAUUCCUUUCACGACAAUCACCAACAACAAAAGCAGCAGCUCGAGCAGAGAGACGAGAUCAAGCUCGAACAGCGGUCGCCUAUGCAGGAGCAGUAUCAUCAUCAUCAUCAUCAUCAACAUCAACAUCAACACCAACGGCCUACGAGCCGAGAAGCAACCGAGAGGAUAACGCCUAAGAAAGAGCCGGAGGAGGCGGAGGAACCGACCGAGGAAGAGAGCGAAGAUUUCGAGGAAACCACUAGACGGUAUUUGAAUUCACCCCAAUCCUCUGUCAAUCCACCCUCUCAACCGCAAACUUACGAAGACUGUAGCAUGGACAGUAAGAUGAGCGGACGACUGGAAGGAGACGGCGACAUGGAAGUGGACGAGGAGAUGGAGGAACAACCCGAGAACUUGUCCGGUCGGGGAACCAUGAAUCGUCUGCCACAGCACAUCGUAGCGUACCCUGGUGCCUCCCCAGCCAGCAGUAGCGCCAGCAGCGGAAGCCUUCAAACCUCGUUCGCGGGAAUUCUCUUUCCUGGACCACCCGCGCAUCAUCAAAUACCCCAUCACGCCCCUCCUGCCGCUGUAAACCCGCCUGCCGUCUCGGCCAACGAGAUGAUCGACCCUGCCAAGGAUCCGGCUAUCUAUUCCAGCCUGCUACCGCGACCAGGUAGCAACGAUAACUCCUGGGAAAGUUUGAUCGAGAUAACCAAGACCUCGGAAACGUCCAAGUUGCAGCAAUUAGUCGACAACAUCGAGCACAAACUCACCGAUCCUAACCAGUGCGUCAUCUGCCACAGAGUGUUGUCUUGCAAGAGCGCGUUGCAGAUGCAUUACAGGACCCACACGGGCGAACGCCCGUUCAAGUGCAAGAUCUGUGGUCGAGCGUUCACCACGAAGGGUAACUUGAAGACUCACAUGGGCGUUCACAGGGCGAAACCGCCGCUCAGAGCGGUGCACCAGUGCCCCGUCUGCCACAAGAAAUUCACCAACGCGCUGGUGCUGCAGCAACACAUACGACUGCACACCGGGGAACCGACGGAGCUGAGUCCGGAGCAGAUUCAAGCCGGCGAGGUGAACGAGUUCCCACCGGGUUAUCCGCAUCACCCAUUGGCAUCGUUCCUCCCGCAAGGCUUUCCACCGCUUCACCCCGCUGGAGCCGGCUUUCCGUUGAGCUUCCCUCCGACUCGGCAGCAGAUACUGGAAAGGCAAGCUCAUGAAAACGACCUGGACGUGGACGUGAAGGACGUACAUCACCAACAACAACAACAACAGCAGCAACAGCAGCAGCAGCAACAACAAAGGUAUACCGAGGAGCACAGCGAGGAAGCGGAGGAUCAGGACGACGAUGAGGAGGAUCGUAGAGAAGAGGACGAGAGAUGCAACGUGAAUCGCGAUGGUCGCGCGGACGUGGAGGACGAACAGGAUCGCGAGAGCGAGGAAAACGAGCACAAAGACAUGGCCUUACCGAGCUUUUCUACUUCCCUCGCCGCUCUGGAGAAUCAAGUGCGAACGAUCACUACGACGGCCACGUCGACGGUAGGGAACAUUGCCAGGUCGCCGCCGUUUCAUCGUUACAACGGCAGCGAAAAGAGCAACAGUCCGCCAAACUCUGGCGCUCCGUUAGACUUGACGCCUCGGGCAUCUUCCACUCCGGCCUCAGUGGCGUCUGUACCAACGCCACCUCCGCAAACCGCGACCCACCAUCCGCAUCCGUUCGGCAUGUUCGCAGGCCUGCUGCAAGCGGUCUCUUCGUCGCCGUCUACCAGCAGCAUCGGUUCGUCGAGCAUAAACAGCGUGAGCUCGAUGAACGCCGUGACUCCUGGAAGCGGCGCCGCCGGACCCUUGGCUUCCCUGACCACGUCAGCCGUGUUGGCUGCGACUUCGACCUACAACCCGCUCGGCCUGGCUGUCGGAGGGCCAGCAGUGCGUGGAAACACCACAUGUAAUAUCUGCUACAAGACAUUUGCGUGCAACUCCGCGCUGGAGAUACAUUACCGGAGCCACACGAAGGAGCGACCUUUCAAAUGCAGCAUAUGCGACAGAGGCUUUUCCACUAAGAACGAUGGUUCCGGGCAGCAAGCAUGCGUCUGUGCGUCUCAACCGUUGCCCGCUAACAGUUCGAUCACUUCACCCGAUCCUCAAUUCGGAUCAGCGUGCGCCAGUAGUCGAGAAAAAGCGAAACGCAGGCGGCGGCGGCGACCUGAGGAACGGAAGAACCGGGGGCGGAAAGGAGCCGGAGGGGGGCGGGGGCUAACGCCUGUCUAUCCUGCCAUCCGCCUACCCCCGCUGAUGUCGCCCGCCCUCGGACUUCUACCCUCGGCGCACGGCCUCCUGGGGAACAUGAAGCAGCAUAUGCUAACCCACAAGAUUCGCGACAUGCCGCCGCAUUUGUUCGGUGACUCGAAACAACACCAACAGCAAUCUCAGGAGCACGAAACCUCGAGAAGUCCAAUGUGCGCAGAAGAUUCCAGCUUACCGCCACCUCCACCGCCUCCGCCGCCUCCUCCACCGAUGCCACCGACCUCGAUGGAGCAAAAUCUCGCGGUGAAGAGAUCCCCGUCAGAGGGGGAGCUGCCAGCGCCAAAGAGACCAGCCAGCGUGCCGAGCAAACACUUGUGCCAGAUUUGCAAUAAGAAUUUCUCCUCGUCUUCGGCGCUCCAGAUCCAUAUGAGAACUCACACAGGCGACAAACCGUUCCGAUGCACCGUCUGCCAGAAGGCCUUCACCACCAAGGGCAAUCUCAAGGUGCACAUGGGCACUCAUAUGUGGACCAACGGAGCCUCUCGACGAGGUCGUCGAAUGUCCCUGGAUCUGCCUCCCCUACCCAUCACCCAAGGACUCGGAGUUCCUCCAGCGACGGCCGGAUCUUUUCUACCCGUAUCUACCCGCGCCAUUCCUUAACGGCGUGCAGCAAAAACUGAACGAGAUCUCGGUGAUCCAAAGUAACAACGGGUUACCGAGUCACUCGGUGGCCGCUGGGAAAUACGCGGGA